GCGUGUACACUUGUUCAUUCAAAGCGUCAGAGAGAGCAUAAAACAUAGAUAUAGUUUGGCUUAUCCUUCAUUUACCUGUUUGGGUAUGAAUAACAUCAGCUGUAUAGCUAUCUAAUUCGUCCAAUAACUUGUCAUUUUUAUACAAGUUGGUGAUCUUCGAAGAUGACUUAGAAAACAGUCUGUUUAUAACCUAUGUGAGGAGUAUUGUACGGAUCAACACCUACAGGCCGAGGAGAGAAACAGAUGAAUAACACCACGGAUAUGGACCCUGAAAAGGCCUUCUGGGUCGAACCGUGGGACUACAGUGUACAGAACUUCUUUGUUGCUAUGAUAGGCCUGGCUAUGUUUCUGAUCCUAAUGGCGUUCCUUUGGAAAUGCUGUGACUGGGUAGAGGAAAAACAAAACGCCGACGUACCCAAACAAAGUUUUCCUGUGACGCCGAUUUACGCACAUGAGUUGGAACCGGGGCUUGUUGUUCUCCAGAGCCAAGAUGGCGAGUUCUUUAGAAUACUUCAGGAAUAUGAUUCCAAAAACUUGAGUAAUGGACGUACCAAUCCCGCAGCUGCGUGCGCAAGUCCGCCAAUAGGGGAGACAACUAUUCAGUACAUCCCUCAAUACACGCGGCCAUAUUACCAGAAUCAGCCCACAGCGCCACCUUCCAGACCCGAUACGGAUUGUUUGAUCGACGUGCCAGUCCCUGCCACACCUCCAAUCCCUCCCCCAUACUCCCAGUACUAAUGUCCAGAGAAGUCCCAUACAUUUGUCACAUGCUGCUUGGAUAGGGAAAAAUUGUGAACAAGAAGUCAUAACGUAACUGUUUGAUUUGGCAAAACGUGUACAAUACAUAUCUUUUUUGAACAGAUAUGACUAGAUACGUACUCAGGCAAAAUGUCUUCAUGUCAAUUCAGAUCAAAUUCGGGUCAAUUUCAGGUCAAAUUGGCAGAGCAGAUUAGUCAAUUCAUGGCAAGAAAUUGACCUGAAUUUGACCUGAAAUUGACCUAAAAAAUUCUUUAAGUGAUCCGAUUUCAGAUCAUUUUCAGGGCAAUUUCAGUUCCCUAUUUUUCAGGUCAAAUUGACCGCAAGACAAUUUGCCUGUGUAAUUUGUGUCAGGAAUUCGACAUUACCAGUCACUUCCUCGUGUUGUUAAUGAUAAUGAUAGUCCAAUGAUGUUUUUUUCUCUGCUACAAUCAUUAGCUCAUCUCUCGAAGAGAGCGGGAGCGUAUAUUGUCACCCUGGCGUCGUCUUAUAAAUGUUAAGUUUUAGGUGCAGGUGUUAAAAGGCAUCCCUAACUCCUUUACAGUUGUACUAGAAUUCUAAUACCUGGUUCUAAUGUUACUUUGUGGUUUAACAUUUAAUAUCCGGAGACGAAAUGAAUAUUUUUUCGGGGAAAAUAUUUUUUUCUAAACCUUUUUGGCUUGGACUAUGUAAAUUAAACGUAAACUCCUUUAUAAUUGUACUAGGGUUCUAAUAUUUUGUUUGAAGAUUGCUGUGGGGGUUAGAUAUUAUAUGUUUGAUAAUAAUAAUUUCAAUGUUUUCUACAAUGCAACACUUACUUCAAUUAUGUCUAGUUAACAUUUAAGUAUUACAAUAUUUCUUUUUGUUAAAAUAUCAGUAUACAUGGUUGCAAUAGGCCUAUAUUCCAGUUGGUGAACUCACUGCCCUAAUUCUAGUGUGAGGUAUAGUGAUAUACAAUGUGAGGUGAUCUUUGUACCGAUGGUGAACUCACCGCCAAUUUCUACUGUGAGGUAUAGUGAUUUAAAAUUUGAGACAAGUUUUGCACCGAUGGUGAACUAACCUCCCUAAUUCUAGUGUGAGGUAUAGUGAUAUACAGUGUGAGGUAUAGUGAUAUACAAUGUGAGGUGAGCUUUGUACCGAUGAUGAACUCACCCCCUAGUUCUAGUGUGAGGUAUAGUGAUAUACAAUGUGAGGCGAGCUUAGUACCGAUGUUUAACUCGCCCCCUAAUUCUAGUGUGAGGUAUAGUGAUAUACAAUGUUAGGCGAGCUUAGUACCGAUGACGGUAUUCGUUUAAAUCAGGUGACGUUUGGUUACUGUUGGAUACGUAAAAUACCACAGCGUUCGCCGGUAAAACCGGAUUACUUGUAUUCGGAUAAUUAAACAAUCGGAUCUGAAGACGUCAAAUAUGAACUGUAAUCACUGGAUAUUAGGACAAUCAAGUACACGGUGGUCGGAUGGUGAAAUUUAUUAAUAAAUAAAUUCGGAUUAACGGGACUACAUUCUGCUCAAUGUCAAACGACUGUUUUACUGUACUCGUCAUACGUAGUCGACAUUUAAUAAAAUAUUAACUUUUGAACAUACGAA